UGCUUGUAUUCCUGCGUGCUUUAUGCUCCGGUCCCCCCCCUCUCUCUGCCGCCUCUAUCCGUCUCCAAAUGGUCGGCUCGCGGGGAACCCAGCAGGAUGCCACGGGGGAGCGCUCCGACCCUCGCCGCCUCCUGACGUCCCGCCUCGCUCACGGCCACUCUCAUGGGCAUUUUAUCGACCCUCUUCUCUCCGCCUGGACAUUUUCGGAAGCCGCGGAAUGAAGCGCAUGAACGUGAGCAACAAAAGUGCAUCCUCGCUGUUGUGCCUGCCUCCAGCAUCACUAGUAGAGACCCCUACUUAUCCGUGGAUGCGGUGCCUCUGUGGUCCCACUAUCACGCGUCCUUGUUUUGAGGAUUUAAUGUAGGGUUGGACUUCUUGUCUUCUUUUUUUUUUUAUAUUACUCUUGUCCUUUUUCCCUUCGAGGUUUUCCAUCUCUGAAACAAAAGAUUUCAAGAUAAAGAAACUCCGGGAAAACCAGCGAGCACCUCACUUGGCAUCUGGAAUAACCUUUCUUAGCGGUUAUUCGCCUCAUCAAGCAUCUUCUCUCUCUCUGGGGUGGGGAACCCGACUGAUGCUUGCUUUUGCUCGUCUGUUCCGACUUCUGUAUCGUCUCGUUUUUGUCUGUUUUGUCCCCACAGUGGCAUGAAAAUUCAUGAAUGCGUCCAAGGACAUGUUUGCAAAUUACGCAUGCACCGUGGCGGUAUAGUAGGCUCCACGCUGGAAGUCGCCUCCCAUGUGGCCGUCGGGAGUGGGGAGCAGGCAGCCAUGCCCGCGGGAGUCCGCGAUGCGCAGGGCGGCCAUCAGCGGCAACAUCAACGCCCUGCCGCCACACCACGUCCCCACCGGCCGCAGCGUGCGGGUCUUCAUCUGCGCCAACCCCGAUGACACUGAAGCAGAGAGGAAUGCACUAAAAGAGCACGUCUACCCCAAACUGCGUGACUUCUGCAGGGAAAACUAUGGCAUUGAAUUCCAAGUGGUGGAUCUAUACUGGGGAGUUGAUCCAGAGGAGUGGGACAAUCCAGACUUGCAGAGACUCCGAAUUAAACUUCUGGAGGAAUGCCUGAAGACUUCAGCUGGGCCAUGCUUUGUUGGUCUGGUAGGAGAAAAGUACGGCAGCAUCCGAGUGCCAGGGGAGGUGGAAUCAGCAGAGUUUGAGAUGAUCCUGGAUGCGGCUGUGGAGGCGGGGCUGGACACCCACAUUUUGGAGGAGUGGUACUGCAGGGAUGAAAACUCGGUGCCACCCGCAUACUACCUCAAACCCAAAGCCCAAAUGCUCAAGAACUACCAGAACUCUAUGGAAUCGAGCAGCGCAGCAAAGACCAAGAAUGACAAGGCCUGGAGGAAUGUGUCAGAGGAGAUCAAGAGGAUUUUCCGAACGGCUGUGCUGCUGCUCCAAGAGAAGGGAACCAUGAAGAGCACGGAUGCCAACAAAUUCCUUUGCUCUGCUUUGGAGGAUGAAUUAGACUUUGCCCUCGGGAAACAAACACCCGCCUUUCUCAGGAAAUGCGUCUGCUACAUACGCAAGAUCUCCAACUUUGACCGUUUCGCCAAGCUCCCCGACAUGGCCCGCUACAUGGACACCCUGGUGAGUGCCGACCGCGUGAUGCGGAACCAGGAGGCCUACGAGCGCCUGCUGAAAGUCCGUGACGAGUUCAUCCCCACCAUUGUGGCCGCCUCCAAUCUCCGCGUCUACUCCUCGGUUACUCACUGCGACAUGAAGCUGGGCUACUCCCAGGAGGUGGAGAGCCACUACGUGGAAGGUCUCUGCAAGCAGUUCUACGAGGACAUGGUGGACAUCAUCCAGGCCACCGUACAGCAGAACUUUGACACAGAGACCGACCCCCUGUACGAUGAGAUUCUGCAGCACCUGUCCCUCUGUAAGACCUCCGCAGCCCUCUAUAAGUACAAGUCGGAGACGUUGGAUUAUGUGCAGGAGUACCUGAUGCCGUCUAAAGGUAGCAGGAUGAGCCCCCUGGUGGUAUACGGAGGACCCUGCACCGGAAAGACACUGCUGCUCUCUGAGGUGGCCAAGCAGGCCUACACUUGGCUUCAGAAGGAGAUGGGUCCAGAAACGGAUCCAGUGGUUAUUGUUCGCUUUAUUGGCUCCACACAGCCCUCCAUGGACCUACGGAAUCUCCUUCAAAGCAUUUGUGAGCAGAUUGCAAUAAACUACCGUUGCCUGAUUCACUUCUUGCCUAACAAGAUUCAGGAGAUGAGGGAACUUCUAAUUAAUCUCCUUGGGGAGUCAUCAUUCCACAGGCCACUGGUCAUUGUCCUGGAUGCCUUGGAGCAGCUUUCAGAUGCUGAUGAGGCUCGAAAGCUGUGGUGGCUCCCCGUGCAUCUGCCUCGCACUGUCCGCAUUGUUGUAUCAACGCUGCCCAACAAGCAUGGUAUCUUACAGAAGCUGCGUCAUCUCAUUCAUGAUGAGAGAUAUUAUGUGGAGUUAAUCCAGCGAGACCGAAAGGUCUGCAGCCAAAUGUUAAAACAGCAGCUGCUUGGUGUGAAGAGGAAGGUAACAUCAGGCCAACAAAUAUAUGUCAAUGAGGCACUUGCAAAGUGCACGUUGCCAAUGUUUGUCAACCUCAUCUACAGAGAAGUGGUUCACUGGAGGUCACACAAAGAUGUUGAUGAUAAAUCUCUGUGCUCAACAGUUCAUGAAAGCAUUGAGCAACUCUUCUACUCUGUGGAGAACAAGUUGGGACAGCGAUUUGUCUUCAGAGCAUUAGGAUACAUCACCAUGGCAAAAGCUGGGCUAACAGAAGUUGAAUUGGAAGACAUUCUGUCUCUUGACAACAUAGUUCUUGGAGAUGUUAUUGUACCAAGUCACCUCAAAAAUCCACUAAGGAUCUCUUAUGACCUUGUUGCUAAGCUCAAAGAGGAGCUUGAGGGCUAUCUAGUUGAGCGGCAGGUAAGAAAUGUCACAUUGAUGGUCUGGGCCAACAGGCACUUGCAUCUCAUCGCCCAGAAGCUCUAUCUCAGCAAUGAGGAGGAUGUACAUCAAAUGCAUAGCCUCCUGGCUGAGUACUUUCUCGGAGCAUGGUCAGGAGGCAGGAAGAAGAUCUUUACAUAUGAUAAUAAUCAUUUCACUUCUCUGAAUAUUUCCCAUCACAAAAAUCCUCAUCAUCAACAGUCUCAUGAAAAGACAUCCUCUGAAAAAUAUUCCUACGACAGGCAGACUCCUGAACAGCCUUGGGUGUUCCAGUGCAACCUGUUGGAACCAGACAUCUUCUUUGUCAAUCACAGAAAGAUGACAGAGCUUGUGUACCAUUUGACCAGGAGUGGACGUACAGAUGACCUCAUGUUUGGUGUCAUCAUGAACUUCAGCUGGCUCUACACAAUGAUCAAGAUUGGUCAGUUUGAGAAAGCUAUAACAGACAUUGACCUUGCUUACACCUGCAGCCAGGAAAAGGAGUUAAAAUUUCUCGCCACUACCCUCCGUGGCAUUAAGGUAAAAGUACUCAAGAACCCUGCAUCGCUGUCUGCAGAACUUCAGCAAAGGCUUCUGCCAGUUGUCACAUCCCUGCCUAAGCUCAGACACCUUCUCCUGGAGUGUGACAAGGAUGGUCCCAAGUAUUGUUCUAUUGUGCCUCUCCACUCUUCAAUGGAUGUCACCUAUAGUCCAGAGAGACUUCCCCUUUGCUCCAGCUACAUACAGAUUGUAGAGAUUUUACCUACUCUAGCCCCAAACAUAGUUCUUGUAGCACUGGAAGAUGGAUCUAUAAGCACCUGGGAUGUAGAGAGCAGGCAGCUUCUAAGACAGAUUGACACUGCUAGAUCCGUUGUGCUUGGAAUCAGACUGACCAGUGAUGAGAAAUACCUGGUGGUUGCCACAACCAAAAACACUCUGCUAAUCUAUGAUAAUCACAAGUCCUGCCUUUUAUCUGAAGUUGAAAUUAAAGGAUCAAAGAACAGUGGCAUAACUGGAGGUGUUGCUUUCAUCAAUGGUUUUACUCUUUCUACCCAUCAUGCACUGGCGUGGCUUGAGGCUAGUAAAGACAUCAGUGUCAUUGACCUUGUGUAUGGCUGGCCUCUCUACCAGUUCCAUUGCUGGUAUGAGGUAACCUGUGUCCAGUGCUCACCAGAUGGCAUGUACGCCUUCUGUGGCCAGUAUCUGAAUACUACAUCCAUCUUUCAUCUAGGAAAUGGGGAAAAGUUGUCCACCGUGACAUCAGAGUUUUCUGGAGGAUUUGUCAAGUCAAUUCUUGUACUGGACACACUAAAUCAAAUGGUCAUGAUUGACAACGAGGGGAGUCUGUCAGUGUGGAACACAAAAGAGAUAACCAAUCCAAAACUGAUGGAGGAUUAUGAUUGCAGAGGGGAUGAAAGUGAAGUUGUGGGUAUUGAAUUAUCUGAAGAUCAGCGUUCCAUUCUCAUUUGCAAAGCCAGGAGUAUUGAGGUUCUGGACACAAAAAUCUGGAAAAUGCUGGAGAAAUUCAAAGCCAAGCGUAGUGAGCGCUUUGUUGCUGCUGUUCUCUCCAAAAACGGACAGAGCAUUGUUGCUUCAAUGGAAAAUACUUCCUCAAUUUUUGUCUGGAGAAGAGACAGUGGGCAGUGCAUGGCCAGUCUGAUUGAAAUCUCAGGGGCUAUUGUUAAACUCAUCAAAUCAGCCCACCACAACCUACUUCUCUCUGUUGCAAGCAGUGGUGUACUGUCUGUUUGGGACAUUGAUAUUAUCACUGCCAUGUCUAACAUUGAUAAAACAGGCAAGAAGAUCCAGACGUUGCAGCUGACUGGCAGAGAAGACUAUGUGUUCACCAUGGAUGGCUCAGAGGCUGUACACAAGUGGAACUUCAGCACUGGCUUUAUCGAGACGGUCUUCAAACAUGAAGGUAUGGUGGAGAACUGUGUCCUAACCUCCUCAGGGGAUCUCAUGGUGACUUCAGACGACAAAUCCAGUCAAUACAUUUGGCAAACAAGCACGGGAGAAAACAUCUUUCGCAUAAAUGGACAAAGAAUCUCACAGCUGCUGAUCACCCACAAUGACCAGUUUGUGGUUUCUCUCUGUGAACAGAAUGCCUCAAGAGUCUGGAGACUAGCUACAGGGCACAAAGUUUGCAACAUUUUAGUCAGCCUCCAAAAUGCACUUAUCACUACAGCAAACACUUUCUUGGUGGGAACGUCCAAAAAUAAAUUGCUUGCUGUGAGUCUGUGGUCAGGCAGUGUAUCAAAGAAAUUUGUCUGUGAUGAUGGCAUUACUAUUGUCAACUUUAAGCUCAUUCCUGACUGUCCAGAUUGUGUGGUCUUCAUAACAUCCACAGAAACAGUUUUCAUCUGGAGUGUGGCAGAUGAGUCAGUCUGCAGAAGAGUCCAGUUGCCAGCCAACUUUCUCAAAAACCUUGAAGACUUUCAAAUCUCGCCCAAUGGAAAGUUAGGUAUAGUCUCCAAGGGCGAUGAGAACAUUAAUGUCCUGGAUCUGCACAGUGGAAAGCUGAGGCUUGUUCAUGCAGCUGGUAUAAUCUGGCGUCAAAAAUUAUCAAGAGAUGGCCGUUACCUUGUGUAUGUUUGUUUCCGCAACUGUGAUGAGGAUGAUGAGGCUGGCGUUGUGUCUAAUUUGAUCGUGAUGCGUCUUGCUGAUGGCAAGAGUAUCGGCACAUGUUCACUUUAUAAGACCCCCACCCACCUAUCUCUAUCUCAGCGUGCACUUAACAUCAUCAUCGGCUUUGAAGAUGGCAGCAUUGGCACAUACACAGUGGUGGACCGUGUAGAUGCCGCCCUUAAGAUAAAGAUAGCCACCUCCAACAGUCGACAGAUUGUAAACAAUGCUGCACAGAAGGUGCGCCCCAAAUGUGGGAACCAUUCCUUCAAGACUGUUGCCGACUGCACUUGGAGGGAGUCGACAGAAGUAUUCUCGAGAGACAGCCCCAUCAACGUGUCAGACUCUGGAGAGGGGGAGUCGACCACACCUACAAAAAAGACUGAACUUUUGCAAUGACAUCUUAAAGGGCAAAUGCCAUUAGGACAGGAGGCAAGUCCAAAAGAUCAGAAUCUCUGGUGUUGCAGUUGAUUCUUGUUUACAGCCACGUGAUUCAGCUGCAGAUGUCAGCCCAGUGGGUAGUUAAUGGGUUGACUAUUUUAACGCUGCACUCAAACGAUGUAUUACUUCCAACACUUUGUGUUACUUUUAAACAGAAAGACUGUUAGAAAAACUUCUGUUUAAAAAAGGUACAUUCUGUAUUAGUUUACCGUUAUGUGUCCUUUUGCAUUUGAAGAACAAAAGUCAAAAUGUCUUGUUCAAACAAAUUCCAAGCCACUUCUGUAAUCUUUGUUCCUCACUGUUUGUUAGGCCCUUUUAUUGUCUUGAUUACUUCAUACACAUUAAGCCAUAAUGUUGAUCUCAAAUGAUAUUUAUGUUCUUAUUGAUAUCAGGUGGUACUGUACAAAAGGGAUGAACAAUUGUACAGAACAUCUCAUUUUGGCUGCUGCAAUUUGUGCAACUCCUUAAAAUAUUAUGUUGUGCUUAAUGCAAUCAAAGUGAGUGCCUGGAAUAAAAAAAGUGUUCAUCACGUGCAGAUUACAAAAUUUGUAGAAGUGCAGGGACUUUGUACUCAUAGUACAUACACCAUUGUAUAUUAUUUGUAAUUGAUGCAGAUUCUACUAAAUUUAAGUCAACAUCUUGAGAGAAUUACAACAUUUCUCCAAGGAUUGAUUGCUUAAUGAUUUUUGGAACUGUUUACAUAGAUUAAGCGUAGUUUUACCUGUUGUUCCAUCAGUUUGCGUGCAGGCUGUUUUUAAGGGGAACACCACUAUUGAGCAUACAGUGUAGCAUACCACCAUGCACAUUAACGCCUUAACCUGUGUACUUGCUUUAGGUUCUGUGAAGUCUGUUCCCAAAUAGAGGGGCGAAAUCAGUUGUUUUGUUUGUUUGUUUUUUACUUGACCAAGUGAGCAUAUUUAGAGGUUUAGGUGGAUGCACUUUAGGAGUGGUUUGUAAGAAAUCUUUAGAUUUAUUCAAAAGAAAUAUAAAAGAUAAAAGAAUAUUUAGAUUUGUCUUUGAAAAUAAUGAUUGGCUCUGCUUACUGAUGUAUAUAGAUUACAGUUUACUGAGAAAUAUCUGGUUUGAAUAAGUAAUUAAAAUGGAGACAUUCAAACAAGUUUUUUGGAGAUUAAAUCCAUGUUCUAUAAUAUUAUAAAUAUCAGGAAUAAGUUGUGGUUGUAGCAAAUCAAAUGUGUAUGUGAACAUCUGAGCACAGAUUAGUACAUUUUUAAUGGAUUGCAUAGACUUUAAAUUCUUCAUUCAAAGACAAAAAAAAUCUUCACAGCUUUAUAAAAAGUGGCACAGGCUUCAUCGUUCUUGUAUAAAAUACGAAAUGGUUUUUAAUGAUAGGAUAUGUAUUUUUGUUUUAACUAAAAUCAGAUUUAUUUUUUUGUUCCUUUUUCUAGGCAUGGGCCGGUUUCUUGUUUAAGAGGGUCGUACAGGUACAAAUGUAAAAGUGCUUUAUUUUUUCAGAAAGUGAAAUGGUUAUUUUAAUUUUUUUACAGAUCAAUUUUACAUAGAACAUGUCAAGCUUCUAUUUCUUGCAGUUUUAAUGACAGGUAAAAAAAAAGAAAUAAUAAUCAGUUUUGGUGAAAAUAGGAUUUUGCAUUAAAACAAUCAUAAAAAGGAUGUUUUAAGCACAAAUGUCAAACUUUUGAAACCUGUAUCCAGUCCCAUGCACCCAGUUCUUGGUUGAGUCUCCUCUUGCAUGAAUUAAUGCACCCUGGCAUAGAGGUAAUUAGCCUGUCGACACUGCCUAUGUGUAAUUUAGUGGUUGAGUAAUUAAUUCUUUUUAUUUAUUUAUGUUUUGCUGGCACUUCUUUUGGUUUAUGCGAAAGACCUCAACCAAAGUACAAUAUGUUGUUUUUUUUUACUGUAGUUAAAGGUAUACACUGUAGACUACAGUCUUAUUAAAAUUUUCUAAUUUAAAGACAAAUUUUCAUUGAUUUUUUUUUUUCCAUUUUACUCUAUAACAGAAUUCAAUAUUGCUAAUCGAGAACAGGAGCAUUAAGAUAAUUGAACCAGCUUUUGGAACCUUUGGCGUUUGGGGAAGGUGCCAAGUCAUGCUGAAAAAUAAAAUCUGAUCCUUACAGUGUGUCAGCAGAGGGAAGCAUGAGCUGCUCUAGAAUUUCCUGGUAGAUGGCAGCAUUGGCUGUUGGCUUCAGAAAACAUACUGAAGCAACACUAGCAGAUGCCAUAGCACCCAUAACCAUCCCUGACUGGGCAAACUUCACAUAGGACUUUAAGCAACGUGGAUUCUGUGCCUUUGCAACCCCUCCUCCAGACUCUGGGUGCUUUAUUACCAAAUUAAUUGCAGUACUUACUUAGAUCUGAAAGCAGGAUUUAUUGUUCUGCACUUUGGCUCUUAAACCACCUGCUCAGAAUCAGUCCACUCUGAAUCUCCUCUGAAUCUUUUAAAGGAUUUCUCUUAAAAACUCUCUUAAGUCUUAGAUUCUCUCUGCUGCUAGUGUACCUUUUUCUACCACUCACUCAAUUAUCUGUAAAAAAAAAAAAAAAAAAAAAAAAAAAAACAGAAAAAAAACAAGUCAACCCCUGUUCCCACAUAUAAGAUGACUGACAGAUGGAUUUAGAGCCACAAUGACACCGGCAAUGACUCGACCCAAACCUCGAGCAAAACCAGUAAUUAUACUUUUUUGACAGAGCGGCUGUAUAAGAUGGAGGUCCAUCGUCUUCAUCCUUCAUGUGUCAGCCAUCUGAUUAGGGUGUCACACCAAGAGUUUCCAAUAAUUUACUUUUUCAUAGUAUUCUAACUUUUUGAGACACUGAAUUUAUUAGUAUUUAUUACUAUGUACAAUCACCAAAAUUACAAGAAAAAAAGAUUUGGAAUAUUUAGAUUUAUGUGUGAUGACUAUAUACAUAGUUUCACUCUUCAAAAAUAUUGCACUUCUACACAAUAUUCAAAUGUGCCUGUACAACCGUUUUUUCCUUUUCAACAUAAUGACAAUUUUAACUGGGUUUUUUUUUCUUUUCAAAUCAGUAUGUAUAAAACAUGAAGGAAAAAUGUGCACAAAUCAGAUAAGAAAGAAGCAGAAAGUUACCUAACAAUUAUGAUUUGUAAUAAUAACUCCAUUCUUUUUUAUUUUUUAAGUACAUAAAGUAAAAACAUAUUUGGAGCUAUCUCUUAAGAUUGGGGGAAGUAAGGAGAAACACUGUCUGAAAGCAGUAGGUUGCUUUGGUUUAGACCAACAUUGAUGCCCAUGGUUAUGAAUCAAGGUGUGUUUUUCCAACAACUGUCAUAUGAAUAGUCUAUAGUACAUUAGCAAAUCAUGCAGGGAUUACUGAAAUCCUCCCCCCAAAUAGUAAGUCUUUGUUUUACCUACAUUACAAUCAUGUAUUUGUCUGAACUGUAUUCUCACACAUUCUCUUACCUCUGUUAAAGUCUUGAAACUGAAGCCAAUUGUCUACAGUUGGGUAAAGUUGCAGGAGAAUGGUUUGGACAUAUCGACUGUUUCCAGAAGAUGAUCUAUACUAACAUCAGAUAGAAAAGUGAAGAACGUUCGUUAAAAGGAAUGCCUUAUUAUGCGUGAUAAGCUUCGUAAUCACAAACAUCAUCUGCUGUACAUCAAAGGCUAACUCCGGCCCAUGCCUAACCGCGUCCAACAUUGUACUAAAGAGCCAGUAAAUCACAAAGUGCACGCUUUGUUAUGAUGAGAAACGUGAACAAAUGUGUCUUAUUCACGCUGCUGUUUAUAUGCUCAACGGUAUGUCGAAAAAUAGCACAUGUAAGGAGCAUGUAGUGCAAACAUUAUGGACUUAAUACAGGCGGGAAAAAGAUCUGCAGACAAUCUAAACAGUAUUGUUAAAGCUUACGUAUCCGUAAAUCAACCUUUUAUUUUCAGCAGUUUUUAACUUUAAACAAAUAUUCGCUAUUUCAAGAAAAAGCCACACAGUUUCACUUUGACGUCUUUGUAAGGGCUAUACCAUUCUAAUAUAGAGGUUCACCAGUUGUGAAUGGUAAGAAAACGGCCCUUGUAAAUUUUCCGAUCAAGGUAGCAGCACCAAGCUUUAAAAUUUCCUGCUAACUCAAGAGUUAUAAGAAUAAAAACAGAACGAGUUUUAGUUAUGUACUUGCCAAAGUUCUUAAUAUUGAUUAUUUAAUUUCAUGACUGUCUCACUUGUUUUUUUAAAGGCUUGUACUGUAAUUAUAGUGUUACCAAACUGUUGAAGUGUUCGACUAUGAUUUUGUUUUGAUAAAAUGUGCUAUCUUUGCUGAAAAGUUAAAACAGUCCUCCUAUAAAAAAAUAUAUAUAACGGAAUGCCAGUUUAAGAGUAUAUUUGAAUGUGUCCAUAUGGAAGCCAGUAAACAGUAUUAUUAUGUAUUAUGUUAUGUAACUUGAAUGACUUUUAAAAACUUACAUGUUUGCAACUUAUAGUUGGCAUACUGGUAAUGAAUGUUUCUAUGGUAUUCUUUAUAUUGUCAGGACUGAUGUACUGGUUUAGAGAUUUAUAUUUUCAUAAAUGUUGUACUUACAUUUUGUUACAGAGUUGUUUAACUGGAAUUAAAACAAAAAAGAAACUUAUGUCUGAAGCAAUAUGAACCUAGUGUGUAUGCAUUGUUUGUAUGAAACAUUUUACUGUAAUAAAACGGUUCACUUUUUGCCUCCA